AUGAUCCCCACUCCAGAUAAAUUAUUAUUAAGACAAUAUAUAUUGGAAGAUCUGCCAGUUCUACAUCAGUUGACUUUCAGUUUUCUUUUCAUUAAGGACUGAAAGUUGUUCAAUUAUGAAUUACAUAAUUUUAUUUUAUUUGUCACUGUUUGUGGUUUGUACUACACAGUUAAGUCCUCCAGUUUCACAACCUGCUUCAAGACCACCAGCUUCUAGCCCAGUUUCGAGACCACGAAGACCUCCACGAUCUGAUGAAAGAAUCCUUCCUGAAUCAAUUUUCACAGUCGUUGCUCCUUAUGUGAUUCGUCAAGGAAAAACUUUCAACGUUCAGGUCAGAGGAUUCGAUGUCAAAACUACCAUUCGAUUGACAAUCAGAAUCAAUGGAACAACUGACGGUGGAGAAAAAUUAAAGCUCAAGAAGUCUGUAACUCUAUCAAGAGGUAACUCAAAGGCUUCUGUAUCAUUUGAUACUUCCUACAUUGAAAGUGGAAGCUACUCACUUUUUGUUGAAACUGAAGGCUUUGCAGAAAAGAGAACAUUGACUUACAUGAGGAAGAAAUACUCAUUCUUUGUACAAUUCAACAAAGCUAUCUUCUUGCCUGGUGAUCUUCUUCAGUUUAGAAUUUUUGCUUUAGACUCAGAAACUAAAAUGGCAACUCCUACAUAUGCAAAUAUUAUUUCAAUUGCUGAUCCGAGGAGAAAUGCUAUAAUGUCGUUCCAAAAUGUUACAUUUAAGAGAGGAAAAUAUGAGGGCAGUUUCAAGUUGAGUGAAAAAGCUAGCUUGGGAGUAUGGACAUUACGUUUUACAUGUGAACAGGAGAUUGUUCAAAAACUUUUCGAAGUUGCUGAAUACACACUUCCACUAUUAAAAGCAACAUUAUCUGUUCAAAAACUCACUCCAUAUAAAUUUGGAAAAGUCUCAAUCACAAUUGAUGUAUCAUAUACUUCUGGAGGUGAAGCUUCAGGACCAGCUACAGUUUCAAUCAGCAAAAAUGGACCUGAUAUAUUACAAAAAACUGUUCAAAUUGAGUCUGGAACGGCAACAAUUGAGCUUGACAUCGUGAAUGAUUUAAAAUUGCCUGCUGGAUUAUCUGGAUCAUUUGGAGCAUCUGUUGUCUUUGAGGAUGCAUUAACAGGAAAUAAGGUUGUUGAUUCCAAGAAUUUUGAAGUCACACGCUAUACUUAUACAAUAAGCUCCAGAACAGAAAGUAUUGCUAAACCAGGAUCACCAUUAACAUUCACAAUUACCAUGCAAAGAUAUGACGGCUCACCAGCACCAGCAGGUACUCAAGUCACAAUUGAAGCUAAUGUACCAGAUAAUAUUCCAUCACAAACUUUAACAAUUGGUGAUGAUGGAACUGUUACGUCAUCAGUUGACAUACCUUCUAAUACGACAUAUUUUAAUAUGAAAAUCAAGGCAGAAGAGGCUGAUGGUAGAAAUCUCUACGCUAGAAUAAUAUCAUCUGGAACUCAAAGAGGACCAUUUAUACAAAUUGAUGUUUUGACUCCUGAACCUAAAAUAAACGAGCAAUUGCAAAUUCAUGUCACAACUGGAGAACAAGUGCUCUCGGUAAUGCUUCAUAUUAUGUCAAAAAGUGUUUUGUUGGAUUCAAUUAAACUAAACUUCGAUAGUGAUAGCGAUGAAGAUAAUGAUAAGACGACCGUUAUUUACACAAUGAAACCUUCAUUCAAGUAUGCACCGGAAAUACAAUUUUUUGCAUAUUAUAUUACAAAAUCUGGUGAUUUUGUUAUUGGACAAACAAGAGUCAGGCUACAAAACGAUCUUCCUAAUUAUCUUAAAAUUUCACCAUCAACUCAAGACGUGAAGCCUGGUGAAGAAAUAAGCUUAGACAUUGAAAGCAAAAUUGGUUCUAAAGUAUCAUUGCUUGCUAUGGAUCAAAGAGUUUUGUUAUUAAGAACGGGUCAUAAUUUUACCAAAGAAGAAGUAAUUCGGGAUUUAAAUAAAUACAAUCUUAAUAAUAUCCGUUACGAGUCUAGAGUGGCUGGAUACGAAUAUGAUUUUGGAGAUGCUGGACUUUUUGUUUUUACUAAUAUUCCUCGACCAUAUCGAUCAGUUCCAAGACGCAGGCAGGCAAUGAGCAGACCACGAGGUAGCAAACCUGGUUCAAGGGAACUCAAAGUUCGUGAAGAUUUCAGAGAAACUUUCUUGUGGCGCGAUGUUUCAAUUUAUGAUUCAGCCAACGACUACGAUGAUGAAUCUAAAGGUAUUGCAACAAUCACUGAGAAAGUUCCUGAAUCAAUUACAACUUACUUGAUCUACGGUGUCUCAAUGAGCAAAUAUGAUGGAAUUGGAUUGUCUGACAAUAUUCCAGAAGUCAGCAUCUUCUUGCCUUUCUUCCUCUCUAUUGAACUUCCAUAUUCUGUAAAACGCAAUGAAGUUCUUAUCCAAGACAUUCUCAUCUUUAAUUAUUUGCCAAGAAGACAAACUGUCGAAGUUAAAAUCACUAAGAACGAUGGUUUUGAAGCUGUUGAACUUGAAAACUAUGGAUGGAAAGAUGUCAAAGGUUUUUAUGUCAAAUCUAUCAAAACUUAUGUCAAUAAAAACAUUAAGCUUCAGUUCGCUUUAAAAUCAGACAUUAUCGGAUUUAUUCCAUUCGAAGUGACUGCCAAGGGUCCAUUAGCUGGUGAUGGAAUCAAAAAACAAUUGAGAAUCAUACCUGAGGGAAUAUCACGUUCAAUUACUUCAUCGGUAUUCAUAGCUCUUGACUCUAAAAAUCCAGAAGAAAAAGCAACAUUAACCUGCACUUUUCCAAAAUCAGCUUAUAUGGACACAACAUCUGUCUCUGCAACUGUUGCUGGAGAUGUUUUUGGAAAAGCGUUGAUUAAUCUUGAUAAAUUAAUUAAAAUGCCGAGCGGUUGUGGGGAACAGACAAUGCUUAGCCUUGCUCCUGAUAUAGCCAUUUAUGAAUAUCUAUCAGUAUCAGAAAAGUUAACUGGAACAUUGCAAGGAACUCUUCAAAACUACAUCCGUGCUGGAUAUCAAAAUGAAAUGAGAUAUCAAAGACGUGAUGGAAGCUUCUCAGCUUUUGGGGACUAUGAUAAAUCAGGUUCAACAUGGUUGACUGCUUAUGUCGUUCAAUACUUCUAUUUCGCUAAGAAUAUAAUAACAAUUGAUCCUAAUGUCCUCAAGGGAGGUGCUGAUUUCGUUGUGAGAAACCAAAAUGCAGAUGGAUCUUUCAAAGAGCCUGGAAGAGUUUUUCACACUGAUAUGCAAGGAGGAAGUGGAGCAGGAAUCGGAUUGACAGCUUACUGCACAAUUGUACUUUCUAUUCUCAUGCCUGAUUAUCUUGAUUUUGUUACAGCAAGAGAUAAGGCUGUUAAAUACUUGGAAGACAAUUACAGCACAGGAAGAACUCUCUAUGAAUUAGGUAUCAUAUCGAAUGCAUUACAAAUAGCUAAAAGUAGUAAAGCAAGUUCCGCAUACAACAUGUUCUAUGCAAAGAAAACUGAAGCAGAUGGACUUUUAUAUUGGACAACACCUGCACCUGCAAAUCCUGAUUAUUGGUAUCGUAACCAACCAAGAUCACUUGACAUUGAAGUAACUUCAUACGGUUUACUUACAGUCAUCAAAAAAGGUGAAAAAUUAGCAACAAUUCUGAAGAUUGUCAAGUAUCUUGUCAGUAAAGCCAAUAACCUUGGUGGUUAUAGUUCAUCACAAGAUACAGUUAUGGCAUUCUAUGCAUUGAGUCAAUUUGCUAGAACUUACGCUUUAGAUGCAAAUGUGGAACUCACUAUGACACCAAAUGUCGGUAAUAAAUUCGAAGCCAGUGUUGAUUCUUCUAAUGCAUUUACUCUCCAAUCAUUUGAAUUGAAACCAAGUACUACAAAAUUGAAGAUUGUUACAACUACUGAUGAUUCUGGUCUUGCCAUUGUCAGUCUUAUCUGCAACUUCUAUGAAGAUCCAACAAAAGUUGUUCCAACCUUUAACGUGACUUACAAUUAUGGUUUUACGUGCAAUUCUAGAAUGACAUUAAAUGUUUGUGCUAGUUAUAUCCCUAAAGGUACAUCCAACAUGGCUAUUAUGAUUGUAAAUAUGCCAUCUGGCUUUGUUUAUAAUGAUCGACAAGGUCAACGAAAUCAAGAUAUUAGCAGAACUGAAGUCGUAAAUCAGGGAUCACAAGUAAUUUUCUACUUUAACAGUUUCUCGAAUGCAGAAAGUUGUGUGACAAUAAACGCUUUUAGAGCCAAAAUUGUUGCUGAAUUGAAGGGCGCAACAAUCGAAGUUUACGAUUAUUAUGACACAUCUAAACAAGGAAUGACAUCAUAUCCUCCUCCAGAUAUGACUGAAAAAUGUUAUUACUACGAAUACGAUGGUGAAUGAAAUUAAAUUUUCUAUUUUUCAUGCUUUCAUUUGAUUAUUCUGACUUAUUGUUCUUUCCUAUUUCCUUUAAUUCAUCAUUUAUGAAAUUUUUAAUAAAAUAGAAUUUGAAUUGCACAAUUAAGAAUCUUUGAAUUUACUUUUUUUUUUAAACAAAGAACAUAAUGGAGAUGUUGUGGAUUUACAGAAAACUUUUAUAUUUUUUUAUGUCCUCAGUAUUGAUCGAUGGUUGGACAAUUGUAGUAAAAAGAAAAAAAAUGUACUUUUAAAAUUUUGAGAACAGUCAUAAGUUCUGUAGCAGCAGCUCUUGUAAAAUUUAUUUACUUUUUACAUUCGUGUUUGGAAGUCAGAUCAGCAAUAGAAGAAAAUAUUGCAAAAGCUAAUAUUGUCCAAAAAGAACCCU